UGGGGUGAACAAGGGAGAACGAGUUAAAUCCAACUUUGAAUUGCAUGCGUGUUGCGCCUACAUGCAUCUCUCCUUUGGGUCGGCAUUCGGCAAUGGCCCAACCCCUCCGACACACACAGACCCAUUCUAAACCCUAAAAACCUUUACCCUAACCAUUCCCACAAACUUUACCACGUCUCCAACCAUAUAUCUCCCAACCUAUAAUAUCUCUACUCUCUAGGGUCGCAACCUGUUAGAUAAAAACAAAUUAACAAUUUAUAUGAGAUAAAUCAAUGCUGAUGACAGUCACAAGGGUGCAAAAGCAGAGCCGUAUACAGAGCAACCCUGCCUUUUGCUUUCGCCUCAAAGUCUUCAGUUACUACUGUUCCGAAAUUAUUACUAUUUUUCAGUACCAUUAAUACAUUGAGCUUCGAGAACUGGGAUUAGAUAUUGGGUUUUCUCUGCUAUGUAUGAUGUACUUGCUUAGCUUUUUCCAUUAAAGCAAGCAAGCUUUUUCCAUUAUUUGCUUCUUUGUAUCCUUCGUUUUCCCCCAUCAUUCAACAUUUUUUCGAAUAAUAUUUUAUUUUAUUCUGUGUCACGAACUCUCUGACUCCAAAAAUACCCUGUUUUGUUUUUAUGGAUAAAAAGUUAAAGGCCCAUGUUAUAGGAAUGCUAUAAUGUUCGCUUAAAUUCGAGCCUUGCUUCUUCAUUUUGUGUUCCCUUGUGUUGUUCCCCAUCAAGGUUGUUCCGGUCCAUUUUCUUUUGGGUGUGGAAGAUUCUGAACAUCUAUGAAAAGCAUUACUACUAUCAGUAAUGUCACUUUUGCUGUCUUCGUCUUCUGUUUAGCUGUUUGGUGCUGUGGGGAGGAAGACAUGGAUGUAGCUCCAAUGGAAAAAACAGAGAAGGAAGCUCUGUACUUUGCUAUACAGGGCUUUGUGGGCAAUUGGUGGAAUGGCUCAGCUCUAUAUCCAGAUCCCUGUGGAUGGACUCCUAUACAGGGGGUCUCUUGUGAUCUGUUUGAGGGGCUUUGGUACGUUACUGCGUUAAAUAUUGGACCCGUUCAUGACAACUCUCUCGGUUGUGCCACAAAACUAGAAUUCAGACCACAACUAUUUGAGCUCAAGUACCUUAAAACUCUAUCCUUCUUCAAUUGCUUCGUCUCUUCCCACAGACAUCCCUCCAUUCCAUCCAAUAACUGGAAGAAACUUGCCGGCAGCUUAGAAUCAUUAGAGUUCCGAUCCAACCCUGGUCUUAUUGGGCAAUUUCCUGCUAGCUUUGGCUUUCUCCUGAAGCUCCAAUCAUUGGUACUUAUUGAAAGUGGAUUAGCUGGGAAAUUACCAACAAAUAUUGGAAACUUGAUCAACUUGAAGCGUCUAGUUCUUGCUGGGAACAGGUUUAAUGGUCCAAUUCCUUUUAGUUUUGGUGGGUUGAGUCAGCUACUCAUAUUUGAUUUAAGUAGGAAUACACUGUCUGGGCCUUUGCCAUCGAGUCUCGGAGGGUUGACCUCACUUUUGAAGCUUGACUUGAGCAACAAUCAGCUGGAAGGUAUGCUACCAGGUGAGAUUAGUAACUUGAAGAAUCUGACCCUUUUGGACCUUAGAAACAACAACUUUUCAGGUGGCUUGAGCAAAUCGCUUGAAGAAAUGUGUUCCUUGGAAGAGUUGGUCUUGUCCAACAACCCCAUUGGUGGAGUCUUUACGUACCUAGAGUGGCAUAAACUACACAACUUGGUCGUUUUGGAUCUUUCUAACGCGGGCUUGAAAGGAGAGAUACCUGAAUCCAUUUCAAAAUUAAAGAGAUUGAGAUUUCUGGGUCUGAGUGACAACCACCUCAUGGGCAAGCUCCCUGCAAAGCUGUCUACUCUACCUUGCGUUACUGCACUCUACUUAAAUGGGAACAAUCUGACAGGAGAGAUUAAUUUCUCUGAAGGGUUUCUUGGGAAAAUGGGAAGGAGGUUUGGGGCAUGGAACAACCCAAAUCUUUGUUACCCGGUUGGGUUGAAGUCACCUAGCCAUGUUCCAUAUGGGGUAAAACUGUGCCAGAAAGAGGUCACAGUACUUGAAUCCAAUCCAAGAACUAAGUAGUCUAAGUUGGCUGAUGGGAAUUUGAAUAAGAAUUCCCAUUUUGUGGCUUCUUUGGGGAUUUCCAAGCUAUGUUAGUGAUGGGUUUUGGUGAGUUUCUCCGGUGGAAAUGUUGAUAGGUCUUUCCUUAAGAUGUUUCCUAUAGGAAUCUUAAUUGGAGAUCAGGUCUCUAGUCCAAAAUAUUUCUUUCACAUAUAUCCAACCGCAUUCUGAUCUUAAUUGGUUCCUCUUUGCUCGUCCCCUAACAUGAAGUUGUAGCCUUUUUUUUCCCGGUUGUACCAACCAACCAUAUAUAGUUAAUGUCCACUUUGACUUAGCUCUAAA